UAAAUCAAGUCCGGUUUAAGAACUGACCCGAGACAUAAAUCACUGAUCACAUCAAAUCACAGUGAAGGAAACAGACAUGCAAAGCCAAAAACUGUAAUGUGAGCAGCCAGAGAGCAGCAGAUAUUACACACAAAACACUGAGAGUAAAAUAUUACUGCAAAACUGAACAGAACCAAAACAAUUAAUUAAGCAAAAGAGCACUUUUAUCAGCACACUGCUGAACUCCUGUUAGCUCAGUUUAUUGUAGCACUUUGCUGAACUCACAUCAUUGUGGGUUCAAGUCCUGUAUGAAAAAUGUGAAAAUUUUUCUUUGUAUUAUAUGUGCUGAAAAAUUAAUCUAUGAUGUAUGAAUUGCAGCAUGACAUUUAUAAUUUUGAAGUAUGAAAUAGCUUAGUAAUUCCUUUUAUGGCAAUAAAAUAAACAUAAUUGCAUUUUCUAUCAGUUGGAAUGUGCUACUUGGUUUGUUGCACAAGUGACAUCAACUCCAUGUGGUGGAAGUAUUGUUUAGCUUCAGAUUGGCUGUCUGCUCCUUUAUAUAUUUUUGACAGACAGAUUUCUGCAUGUUUGAUUCUUUCAUUUUAUUCAAGUGACAUUGAAAGAGAGAACAAAUCAUUAAAACGCUUCUUCCUAUGUGACUACAGUCCUGAGUUGCACUUAUAUUGACUAAAAUACUGUGCAGAUCAUGGAUGUACCAUAUAAACAUCCGUGGUUGAAAUCUAAAGUAACCAGAAACACGGACAGCGCCACUCUGCCAUUGCAACCCACAUUGUGGUGAGAGGUGAGAUUACACCCGAGGGUUUAUUAACUGGAUGCUCUCGUUGCGCCCCCCGGUACACAGGCCGCAGCCGGACCCUUCUCGAUUACCGUGAAAAGUGGCCUCGAUGAUACAAACACACACUUCUAUUUAUGACCACUAGAGGGCGCCAGAUGACCAUAUAAUGACCAGUAGUAAGGCGUUUAUUGAUUUCCAGCAUUUAAGGAAUUUUGUUAACGAGUUUGCAUACCAUACACCCACACUGUGCUUAUUUUAUAGCGAGGGAAACAUCUGCCAUGAGUUGUAAACAUGUUAUUUACUACAGUGGUUAAAUGAUUGGCCAAUUAGAUGUUAACGACUGAAUCUAAAUUCGCACAAAUGACAAUUAAUACUUCACCUGUUUCCAUAAAUGAAUGUCUGAUAUUAAUAAAGUUAUCAGUGUCUAAUGUUUACUGAUCACUCUUGUAUUUUUCGCAGAGAAAAGUGUCACUUUGAUCAUAGCGCUGCACAACAAACAUCCUUUCGCUCACGUUUGUGAAAGUACGUAGAAAUGAAAAAUAAAGACAAAGCAUUAGUAAAAGUUGAACUUAUUAAACUUGGCCCCGGUGGUGGGUUACUCGAAACUCUUCUCGUCGCCCUCCCCGUCGACGUUACGUACGCAGCCGUGGCGUGCCUGCAAGCCAAAUAACAUGGAGUCCUCUGUCUGGCAUCUUCCAAGGGAUCCAUGCAAAGAAAAAAAAAGCCUGAGCACCGAUAAAAGAGCAAGUUUCUCCAUGUGAGCUGUCAAAGCUUGUUGCGAGCAUCGUCUCGGCAGCGUAAAGCUUCAGCUCUGUCCUCAAGUAUGACGAGCGGUGCUUAAACAGCAAGCCUUUCCCUGCGAUCCGCAAACCAGGCCGAUUUCAUGUGUGUUCACGUGUGAAUGUUUCCAGAAUAAGAGGAGAGUGCACAAUGUAGGCAGGCUGGUCACCAGUGGGACUCCAUACUGUUCUCUGGGGGACAAUGGAGCCAGAAGGGCGACCUCUAACCCCAGGGACCAGCUAUGGGCCCCCACCCUUCAACUCAGCACAAAACCCUGUCACCUCUACUUUCCUCAACUGCACCUUACAGUCCUCAUGUUCGUCAAAUGUGAGAGACGGCCUGAUGUCUGCCAAAUGUUCAUGGGGCCACCCUGGAGAUGAGGGCUCCAAGCAGACUGAGGGCACUCAGUCACCCAGUGCAGACCCAGGGAGGAGCGCACAGAGGAGAUUCAGGUCCUCAGCCUUUCCUUCCUCCCUAAGCUGGGACUCUGACUCUGAGAAAGAAACACUAGAUGAGGAGGAGCUACAGCACUUUUCUAACCCUCAUGGUCUGGCUGCUCACAGCCCAGGAUCUCCUUCUUCUGGACUCAGACUUGAUAGUGAAGAUGAUCAAGAACCUGAAAAACUGCAGCACUUUCGUUGUAAGACUGAUUCGCCUACCCCUGUGGAGGGGCGCAAUGACGACAAUGAGAGCACAAAGACAGAAGAGCCAAAUACAUCUCGGCUUGGCCCAACAGAAUUGGCAGACAGCGAAGUCUGGAAUGUAUCUGAGGCAACUGAGCUGUUUCUGUCCAAAGUAAAACCAAAGGACGGCUGCCAAAUGGAGGAGGAGGCAGACAAUAUUGAGGGAGAGAGAAUGCCCAAGAGAAAAGAAACCAAGGAGCCUGAGAGAGAUGUGUACACAUUCCCUGGAGACUCAGACCCGGAAAGUCCCCCUCCUGCUCCCUGGGCUCAUUGCACAUUCAUUCAGCGGUGCAGAAAGAAGAGGGUCCUGCUCAGGCCCUUCUCCGGCCUUGGCACCUUGAAGCGCUCAUUGCCUGAGACUGGCAAGGUGGCUAAGGUGGAAGCUCAAAAAUCCAAAACUGUAGCGCCGACACAGCUGAGCUUAGGUGGAGGGGUCUAUGAUUUUGAAGAGGGCAACUUUGGAGAGGGAGCAGUGGAUGAACCAAUAAAGUUCAGAGAUAGAGGAGGGAAAAGAGACAAAGAAGAAGAAGAAAGCGGGGUAGAGCCAGGUAAGGACAUUUUCACCUGUGUGGAAUGUAGCAUUUACUUCAAAAAGCAGGUCCACCUGCAGGAGCACAUGACUGAGCACCGUCACAGUGGUGCGGGAUGCGGCAGGCGUUUAGGAAAGGGGGGCCGUUUUCGGUGUAUUGAGUGUGGAUGGAACCUGCCAAAUCGGCUUGCGCUGGCAGACCACCACCGAAGGCACCAGGAAUCCCGUAUGAAGAUCCUGGAGGAGAUUGAGAAACUGAAUGAAAAUGGGAAGGCAAAAGAGAUUCAUAUACUGGACAGUAAGGUGGUGAAGCUUAAAAGCCCAGACACAGCUAUUAUGCAAGACGCAGGCCCGGUCUCGAUUCCAGGCCAAGGGUCAGACCCAGAAAUAGUUACAGCUCCACCUCUAUCCCCAGCCCCAAUUUCAACAUCAGACAGAGACCAGACAACUCUUGACUCAGAUACAACUGUAACUCCUCACAAUUCAGUUCGAAGCCCAGCUCAGGCCCGAGGUGUCUCUGCCUACCGCCGCCGCUUUGUCUGCUCCAAGUGUAACUUCAGCACAAGAACCUCCCAGGCACUGGCUAAUCACACCAAGACCCACAACAGGAAAAAGCCCGCUCUCCGGAGUGACUCCUCAUCUCCUGGUUCACCAUCAUGUUUGGCAUCCACCUCCCUGGCCUGUGGUCAUUGUGCCUUCCUGACCUCCAGUCAAACCGUAUUGAGAGAACACCAGAAACUUGUUCACCCAGAACAGGUCUCCAUCAGUGGGGCACAGGCUGAUGAGACUGGCCAGCAUUCAAGGUCCAAUGUGGGUGCUCAAAUUUCAAACCCUGUCCCAGAUUCUGACCACCUCUCUGGGUCUGGAUCCCUGCCCAACGCCACUCAAGGCAAAAGCCAGCAAGGAGUCACUGCCUCUGAGGACAGCACAACACCAGACAGCGCUGCAGCUCGGCCCGCAAGCCGGGUGGUCUUCAAGUGUGUUGGGAACAGGCGAUUCAGCAGGAGAGGGAAGACUUGGACUGAUCUAGCCAAGUUUCAGUCAAGACUGGAUGACGACAAGCUCUCUGGCAGUGAAGAAGAGCAAGAUGAAGAUCAGUGCACAGAGCUUGACAAUGACCUGUCCCAACAAGAUGCUAACUCACCUGUGAGAAACAAACAGCACACCAGAGCACAUGCAGACGACUGUUCAGCACAGCAAAGUGCCACAUUAUCGCUCUCCCCUAAGAAGAGCGUGAAGGACGAAGACAAGCAGGAGGCAGAGAAAGAUGGAAAGGUUUUCUUUUUGAGGAGGAGCAACCGGAUUACUGCUGCACCUGCAGAAAUUGACAGUGAUGAUGAUGACGAUGACAUUGACGAGGAACGUUUGCGACGUUUCCUGUCAGAGGGCAUCUUGGAUGAAGACAGAGACGAGAUUGAUGAGGAUGCAGAGACGCUGAAGAGUGUGGAGAGGAAAUGCCCCUACUGCCCUGAUCGAUUUCAUAAUGGCAUUGGGCUUGCCAAUCACGUGAGAGGUCACCUGAACCGAGUGGGCGUCAGCUACAAUGUGCGUCACUUCAUAUCCCCCGAGGAAGUCAAUGCCAUUGAGAAGAAGUUCUCCUAUCAGAAGAAGAAAAAAAAAGUUGCCAACUUUGACCCGGACACAUUCAGUGUGAUGCACUGUGAGUUCUGUAGCGCAGGCUUCGACACCCGGGCUGGCCUGUCCAGUCAUGCCCGGGCCCACCUCCGGGACUUCGGCAUCACUAACUGGGAUGUUACCAUCUCACCGAUCCACAUCCUGAGGGAGCUGUUCUCCAGCAGGCCCGACCUUGUAAUCCCCACAGCUCCCCCCCGGAGUCCCGGCUCUAUACAGGAAGAAGAGGAGGGUGAAAUGGAGGAGGAAGGGGAGGGAAUUGUUGAGGUGAAGCUGGAGGGAGAGACAAGUGAAAGGACGCUGAGUGCUGCCGUUUCUGAUGCACUGCCUUCAGCAUCUCCUCAACCUUGGAAGAGCGAGGAUGGUGUAAAAGAGUCUGAAGGUGAGGAGGAGGAAGCAGCUGAGGAUGAGGAUGAGCUGCAGCUUCCAGCUCUGGAUGCUCUGAGCCCAAGCCCAGGGAAAACAGGGCUGUGCAGCGUGGACCAAGACAGCCUCUCUCCCGGGGAGGAUGCAGACACCAAGGUGCACAACUUGAAGUGUGAGGUGUGUGGAGCUCAGUUUGAGACCAGGCGGGGAAUGUCCAGCCACGCCCGCUCUCACUUGCGCCAGCUGGGUAUCAGUGUUUCAGAGAGCAGCGGGGCACCCAUUGACCUCCUCUACCAAAUUGCCAAGGAGCGAAAUCUAGACAGCCAAAUAAGCUCAUCUCUUCUGGAGCCCCUUUCAGCCAAGAACGCCUCUGCUUCUGCUCCUCAGAAAGAUGAGGACUUAGAAGACAUGGACUUAGACGAGAAACCAAUACCCCUUUCCGUACUGGCCAAAGCGGCGAAAGCAGUGCCACCCUCUUCCUCCUCCACACCUACACCUUCUCCUGGUGCCUCUCCAGCUCCCACUCACUCUAGCUCCCCUUCCUCAGUAGUGAGGAAAGCCCCCAUUUCCUCUCUACUGCCUGUGUCUUCCCCCUUGCGCUCCCCAGAGCACAAGGCUGGGGGAAUGAAAAGCUUGACCUCUAACCUCUCUCCCUCCGCCGCCAUCACAACAUCCAAACCCAUCUGGGCACCGCAGGAAAAUGACGCACCUCUCAACCUCACACUCGAGGUGGACCCCAAUAAGGACAUAGUUUGUCAGCUGUGUGGCGCCUGGUUUGAGACACGGAAAGGCUUAUCCAGCCAUGCACGAGCCCACCUGCGGCACUUUGGGGUGGAGUACUCUGAAUCCAAGGGCUCUCCCAUUGACCUCCUGAACCAGCUCAUUGAUACUGAUGACUUCAAGCACAAAGCCAGUGCACUGCAGCUCGACAGCCACACAGAACCGCGGGGCCUCACGACCACGACACUCUCCUCCCCAAAGCAGUCCCUGCUGAGCCUCUCCUCCUCUUCCUCCUCAUCCCUCCUCUAUAAGGUGACCACAGCUGGGGGUGGGUCGACAUCCAAAGCUACCUCUUCCUCUGCCUCAUCUUUACUUGGCCCACCUGCCAAGCGACACAAGUCCUCUUCCAUGCAGGUCUUCCGCCUGAGUAGUGGGGAGCUCAUGGCCCUUCCACACAGUGAACCUCCGAAGGAAAUAGGCUGUGAAUUCUGUGGGGAAUAUUUCGAGAACCGUAAAGGGCUCUCCAGCCACGCCCGCUCUCACUUGCGUCAGAUGGGCAUUACUGAGUGGUCUGUUAACGGCUCCCCGAUUGACACCCUGCGGGAAAUCAUCAGCAGGCGGGGCCUGCCUUGCGCCCUUCCUGUAAAACCUCUUAAAACUCCACCUCCGUCCUCUCCGGGACCCCCUCGUUCCCCUCUGUCAACCUCCUCCUCUCCCUCAGCCAACCUCCUCAGUCGUCUACCCUUCGCCUUCGCCCGUCCCUCUAGUCCUCCUCAGCCUGCAGUUUCUAAGUCGAGCUCAGCUCCACCGACGUCGUCUAGUGGGCUGAUUCUCAAGCUGAAGCCUGAGCCGGUGCAGCUGGAGGUCACCACACCAGGAGCUGUGGGGAGAUCUGGCGGCUUCUCUGCUGAACCUCUCAACUGUAGCUGGAGCAGCUCUGACAGUGUGUUCCCCCUCAACUUGGCCAUGGCCCAUGAAGUGGAGCCUACAAGGGAUAUUCGCUGUGAGUUCUGCGGGGAAUACUUUGAGAACCGUAAAGGCCUCUCCAGCCACGCCCGCUCCCACCUGCGCCAGAUGGGCAUUACAGAGUGGACUGUCAACGGUUCGCCCAUUGACACCCUGAGAGAGGUUAUGCACAAGAGAGGGGUAGACGCCUCCUCUCAUUCAGACCAGGGAGUGAAGAAGGAGUCGAGCCAGGGAGCCCACAGUCCCCUGUGGGAGAGCAUGGGCGGCGCCGGCAGUUCAGAGAGUUUGGGUGUUUCAGGCUACCAGACCUCCAAAUACCGUAAAUCUCCUCUCAGUUUGCUGCAGUCAGGGUCGAGGCUCCAUAAGCAGGGCCUGGGGUCCGUGGGCCCCUCUGCUACCCCACCUGCAGGGAAGUUCUUCAGGAUGUCUCCACUGGGGAAACGGUCUCUGUCGGAGGAUGCCCAAUCAGUGGAGACUGCCCACUCACCGCCACAUCAGCUUAAGACAUUCUCACCUCUGCCACAUGAGUUCUCCUACAAAAGAAAAUCCUCCCCAGACAAGCACGGACACCAGGAUCCCAGCUGUGAGCUGUGUGGGUUCUACUUUGAGAACCGUAAGGCUUUGGCAAGCCACGCGCGAGCUCACCUAAGGCAGUUUGGUGUGACUGAGUGGUGUGUUAAUGGGUCCCCUAUCGAGACGCUUAGCGCUUGGAUGCGCAGCAGGCCGCAGAAGGUGUUGGAGAUGCACCGCAGCUACAUGCAGGGUAACCGCUCCACCCUCAAGAAGAAGAGCAGCUCACCUUUCUCUGCGUCAACGGAUUCUGAUCAUGUCCUCCCCAUCUCAUCACAGAAGGCCUCCUCUUCCUCCUCCUCCUCCUCCUCCCAGUGGUCUUCUUCGUUGGCUGUAAGCCUGGUGCGGCCACUGAGCCGUGAGGUCAGCCAUGGCUCUUCCAAGACCACAGAGGGUGAAGCUGGUACCAACCAACAGGCUGCUCCCUUCAGGCCUGGCCGCAGCAGUCCCAGCCCAUCGCGGCUCAUCAGCAGCCUCCCACUUCAAGCACAGGUGGCACGCAGUGAGCUUAACGUCCGCCUGCCUAGAGGUUUUGAGCGUCGGCCCUUGAAGCACCCGUCUUGCCCAGAUGGAACGGAGAGGGACAGCGGCCCUCCUAAGCCUCCCCGCACAGGCACCGUCCCCGCCCUGGUGCCCAAACCACCCUCCUACCCACUGGUCAAACUGGUGGGCAAGUUCUACACCCUGAAGUGCCGGUUCUGCGAGGUGGAGUUCCACGGUCCGCUGUCGGUGCAGGAGGACUGGAUCAGACACCUCCAGCAACACAUCCUUAAGAUGAACUACAACAAGCCUGCUGCACCCAAAGCAGCCUCCGCUGAACCCCCUGCCCCGGCUGAUGACCCAGCCCCGGUCCAGGCCUCUGCCCCAGCCUCCACCUCUACCUCCAGCACCACCUCUACAACACCCGCCCUCACCUCCACCCCGACCCGCACCACAGCUCCCAACAGCCACUCCCCUACGCCGCCGGCUGAGUGCGCUCCGACUGUCACUGCCACAGAGAUAGUAAAGGUCUCAGAGGAGCAGCCCACCCUAACUCCGACUCCCAUUCCCCUCACUACUCAAACGGCGUAAGCUCAAAUUCAUCGCCCGCUAUCAUUUUACCCCUUUUGUUUUUUCCUGCCUUUACAAUUUCUUUUUUCCAUCCGUUUCUUUCCUUUGGCCUUCACAAAGUGUUGUUGAGGAGGUGUGUUUCCCCUCCAAAGAGUUCUCUGAGCCCCAAGCACCUUUGAAGCAGCUUUCUAGACUGUUACUAAGUCCUGUUACCAUGGGAACGAAGCUCUCCUGGCUUAUCCAUGCGCCGGGGAUGGGUGAUUGUGGGCACUGUCCAAGGUUUUGAGGAGAGAUGAACUAAAGUUUUGUGUUUGCCUUGUUUAAUAUGAAUGUCCAGAUGUUGAUGUGGACCGUUGCUGUACCCCUCCGCCCAUUCACUGGGUGGUUUAGGGGUUAAUGUAGCCCUUAUCAAACUUCAACCCCCCUUGUCCACUUCAUUUUUACCCCAUGCCUUUCCCCUUAUGAACAGUGUGUUACUAAGACCUGCGAGACUCUGACCAUUUCUACCAGCAACAUCUCAGUGAGAGCACACUGGUAGCGUUGGCCUCAGCCUCUAACCUAAAGGUCCCGACUGAGAUUAUAUGACAUUUAUAAUUAUGCUAGUCUUGUGGUUGAGACUUUAAACACGUGGUAACACUUAGUGUUAAAAAUGGCACUUUUAAUACUGACAUUGUCACUGAGCACUUACUGAAACGCCCAUUUUAAUUGGGUGGAAUUUGACUAUUUCAGAUUGGUUAAAGGAGCAAGAAGUGGAAGCACACCCAAAAAGGGAAGAUCCCCCAGUUAACUUUAUAAUGUAAUACUGUCCCCAAAAUAUAGAUUUUGCUUGAAUGUAGCUUAAAGCACCUAUUAAUACCUUAUAUGCACACAUUCAUACACAAUCAAACAUAUGCCCCAUAUUACUAUACCAUUGAUGGUUUUACCUUUUCAUGAUGUUACUACUCAACAGUCUGCUGUUUUCUGCAGAUAGGGCUGCUGUUGUGCUGAAGGCACAGUUGCUUUUUAAUCUGCCUCUCUGGAUUCGAGAAGUGGGGCCAUAGAAAACAUUCAAGGUUACACAUUUCAAGUUUUAGAUUUUCCAUUCACAGUGUUGCCAUUUUCUUCCUGCCGUUUUUUAAUGUAACCCAAAUUAUUAUUUAUUUAUUAUUAUGCAUCUGAAUGUGGUAAGCUAGGUCAUUUUAAAGCUAAAGUAGAACUUUGGAUCGUUUGAAAAUAGGUCAGCAGUGCACUUUUACACUGGUGCACAGUGUGUGUGUGUGUGUGUGAGCGUGUGUGUGUGAGCGUGUGUGAGCGUGUGUGUGUGUGUGAUAGUUUGUGUACAUACAUACAUAGCAAAUGUGCAUUUGUUUCCAAUUUUAAAGAGAAAGACAGAAGUAAAACUGCUUGAUAGGAAGACGUCUCCGUAGCUCAACAUGAACUAAAUGUGGGAGCCUGUCUGUAAGUGGUCUGAUCAGGACUUACAUGCAUCCGUCAUUGUGUUAGGAUGUGCCAAAGAGUCUGUUUACUUCCUUGUCCUGCCUCUGUAAAAGCUGUUUACAUUGGAUAUGAUGGUGGAGGAAACUCUGCACAGCUAUCGAGUUCCCCGAGGCUCCACGCUGAACAAUGGACCGAACAGUUAACCGGCGGUGAUCUGCAUCCACUGCAUGCAAGUUCCCCGACGGUUGGAAAGACUCGGGCUACUGGACUGGCUUCAUGGGACUUAUGUUGUUACUGUAGGGUUAGAUUAUUCCAAUUAACCAUGAACACAAACCAAACUUUAUUUCAAGACAGGGCUCCUGAGAACUGUCAGCCCUGAGUCCAAACACAGAAACACAUCUGACCUCGGGCUCACAAGAGGAGCGAGCAGCGGCAGGCUCCUGAGACUGAAGUCUGCGGUCUGUUUCUUUCUACAUUGCUUCAGAGUGCGUUCAUAUCAACCUAGAACUGAAGCAAUAACUAAAGGGUCCAUGUAGGCUGAUGACCUUUUAAACUUUGUUUCAGUGUUGCCAUGUUUGAAACAUGACUGUUCAAUCCAAACGAUACCCCGACCCCUUUUAUGGAGUAUAGAUACAUACUAUAUAACUACAUGUACUUAAGAAACUGUUGAUGCUAGUAGAGCCAUCAGCAGUUCGAUUAGCAAGGUAGUUAAAAAAAAUAAGUGAUCUUAAUUCCUCUAUCGUGAUUUGAUUUCAACCUUUGAUGCUAUGUAUUUUUUAUUGCUCUGUGCAUUUCUGUAUUUGCAGUCCUGCAAGGUGAAUCUUAGAGUAUUUUUUAUUUUUAUCCGUUAGUCUCUCCAAGCUGAAACUUUGGUGCUGGUGAGAAUGUUGCAGGUCGGGAGGCGGUGAGUUGCGAGUGACUGAACGUGAGGAAAACAUUUUAAUGUGAUUGUCACGUCCUGGUAUCAAAGGACUCUAAAAAUCAGGCCUUGAAGGGGACCACUUUGCACGGUGAGGUAUUAUCCUCUCUGCAUUCUCAGAGUAAUAAGAGUUCAACGCUGUAGCCUCUCGCAGGUCUGUGGCUGCAUUACUGUGUGAGAUGUGAAUCAGAGGCCGGUGCAUUAGAGUUCCCCUUUAAGAAUAAGCCUCAGCUAGUGUAACUGGCUGUUCUGUGUGCGUGUGUGCGUGAGUGUAUGAGUGUGAAAAAAAGACAAGUGAGAUGACAAUGAUGACGAUAGAAGAAAAAGAUGCAGUUGAGGAAAAAAAACUGUACUGUACACAAAAGGGUUAAGUUUUAAGUGAAUCAACUCCAGAACAAACAAUAAAUGUGAUUUCAAUUUCA